UUCCAAAGACAGGGUUGACACAGAAUUGACCCUAUUUAAGGGUCAACAUGACUCAUGGCCACAGGAUAUAUGGCAGGUGGGCAAUCCUCUCAUUUGUGGGGUUUAGCUGGGGAUAUCUACUGAUCUGUGUGAGCUCUGAAUCGCCUCUAUCUUUAGACUAUGAAUGGACAGUCUAAUGUUAUCUGGCCCACUGUCAUCCAAGCUGUGGUUAUUUUUAGGCAGUCGCUUGCAGGGGGGAGCAGCUGCCAAAGCAUUUAGUGCUGCCAUUCCAGCUCCGUCUCCACCACUUUGUCACCCUGUAGCUAUCGGACAAUGACGGUAUCUCUGCUGACGCAUAAACUAAGCACUUGACCGCGUGACUGUGGUCAUUUUCUGCAUCCUUUCACUACACAAACAGGGACCUCCACAUUGGAAUGGGAUUUCUUUUUUCACACUCUACGACUUCAAACAAGAUCCUGCAACCAACAAGCAACGCAACUAAACCAAGAAACUAAGGGAAACUAAAGAGUUUAAAAACGUCCUUCCUUGAUUCACUGCCAUUUUCAAAGAAACAAAGACAAAUCAAUCAAAGAGGAUUUUAAAGGAAAGCGUACCAACUGUUACAGAAUGAGUUAAAGACAAACUCCAAAGAAUAAAUACUUUUGUGACAUAGAUUUCUGGAUAAUUUAUUGGGAAAUAUUCAAGUUAAUCUCCAAGAACAGCAACACAGACAUGGAUAUUUUUGGAGGUGCUCCUCGUGUUUUGGGUUACCCACGACCCGUGGUUGCACAGUGUGGCACAGAUGCCAUCCUACGUUGCCAGAUAGGUGGUGAUCCUCGUCCAGAUGUCAUUUGGGAGCGUAAAAAUGUCCAGAUCUUCUCAGAGGGACGCUACAGACUGUCAGAGGAAGGAAAAGUGUACCUGAUAACUAUUAGUGACGUUACCCAACAGGAUGCUGGCCAGUACAUAUGCAAGGCUAAAAAUAGUGUAGGUGAAACAUAUGCAGCUGCCACACUCAAGGUGGAAGGAGAGGAAAGAGCACAGGAAGAGCAGGGGCAAACCGAGGUGAAUGGUGUCAAAGAAAAUGAAAAAUAUGAGGAACAUCUGAAUGGCUACUGUAAGGAGCAAAAUGGGAAAUAUGGCAAAGAAAAUGGACGUGAGAUAAUCCCAAAACAUAAAUUGAACGGAAAGUAUGAAAAAAGAAAAGAGACUGAUAAAAUAUGUGAUGAUAGGCCAAGAUUUCUCAUAAAACCACUCUCUUUGCGUGUGGACAAAGGAGAAGAUGCCGCUUUCUCAUGCAAAAUCUGGGGUGACCCUUUGCCUGAGGUGAUGUGGGAGAAAGAUGGAAAAAAGCUCAAUGACAUAUUUGAAAGCUCACACUUCAGUGUAAGCAGUCAAGAUGGCGGAUGGUUUCAGCUCAAGAUCUAUAGGACACGAAUGCCGGACAAAGGUGUCUACACAUGCAAGGCAGUAAGCUGCAAUGGCGAGGCGCUGGCAGGGGCAGUCUUGCUUGUUGAGCCUGUGCCAGAGCGAGAGGACAGCAAAGUUUCUUCCAGUAGCCCUUGUAACACCCAACUGUCACCAAAACACAGAGGUGGUCGACCUAGUUUAUCAAGAGUUAAAGAAGAGACAGCGAUCAACCAAUCUGCAGUCAAAAAGUUUGCUGUAGCAGAAGGAAAACACGCCAAGUUUCGCUGCUUUGUCACAGGAAAGCCUAAACCUGAGAUCAUAUGGAAGAGGAACGGGGUUCCCCUGGAACCUGGAAGACGACAUCUGAUAUUCGAGGACAGAGAGGGUUACUACACACUCAAGGUUCUGUACUGCAAGGAGCAAGAUACAGGCCUGUAUGUGUGUGUUGCAUCAAAUGCCCUGGGGAAUACCCUAAGUGCUGUUCACCUGUCUGUCAAAGGUCCAGCUGUUCGUUUUCGGCGUCCAUUAAAAGAUGUUGAAGUAAGAGAGCGUGAUGUGGCUGUGCUGGAGUGCGAAGUUCCUGAUGAGUCGGUUCCUGCUGCCUGGUACCUUGAGGACCAAAGGCUGAUGCCCAGCAGCAAAUAUGGCAUAGAGCAGAAAGGAACCAGACGCAGACUGACCAUUCAGGAUAUUGGGACAGAUGAUGACGGAGUGUAUCUUUGUGAGAUGCCUGAUGGAGGGAAGAGCAUUGCAGAACUUUCAGUUAAAGGCACAAUUGUUCGUAAACUCCCUCGGAAGCUGGAGGUCCUAGAGGGAGAGAAUGCAGCUUUCUGUGUAGAAGUGGAGGACAACGACAUGGAGGUCCACUGGUUUAAAGAUGGCCUGAAGCUGCAUGAAACCCACCAGACAAUCCUCAAAAAUUUUGGCAAAACUCACAUUCUGGUCUUUGUCAACGUGGCCCAUCAAGAUUCAGGGGUUGUGACAUUUGUUGCAGGGAGAUCCAAAACCUCAUCACGGCUAAAAGUUAAAGCUUCAAGACACUCUCCUCCUAUUUGCCCCGUAAGUGUCAAAAUGGAUGUAGAUCGACCCAAUGGUGCUCUUCUCACAUGGGUUCCAGCCCCUAACAGCCAGAUGUCAACCCGAUCCAUUUUUGUGGUGGAGAGACAAGAGGUGGGCUCUCAAGAGUGGCAGAAGUGCUUCACUUCAGAAAGUGCCACCUCAGCUGAGGUUGCAGGUGACAGUGUGCCCUGUGAAGGCAACUACCGCUUCAGAGUCUGUUGCAUUAACAAGUACGGGCGAAGCGGUCAUGUGGAGUUUCCCAAAGUUGUCCAUCUCGUUCCUGGGCCUAAGAUUUGCAGUCACCUCAAGAGUUCUGAGGUUGAAGAGGGAGAAGAUGCCCACUUCUCCAUUGAACUUUCAGCAGUAAUGGUGGGAACAUGGUUUCUCAAUAGCUCUCAACUGCAGCACAGUGAAAGAUAUAAAAUACAGCACUCCCAAACUAGGCACUCAUUGGUUAUCCAUGGCACACGCAUCACAGACGACAGAGCAGAGAUCACCUUCAUAGCCAACGGAGUACGGGACUCAGCAACACUCAAAGUUAAACCUGCUGUGGUAAAAUUCAAUCCCUUGUCUGAGUUAGAAAGCAAUAAGAAGGUGGAAAAUGGUGACGCUAUUGUGCUCUACUGUGAGGUCUCUCACUCCUUUGCAAAAGUAUCUUGGUUUAAGGAUGGCGAAGAAUUGCAGAUAACUGACAACAUCAGCAUACAAUCUGAUGGCAACAUGAGAAGGAUCGUAAUCCAGUCAGCUGAUGUAGAUCACUCUGGUGUAUACGUAUGCAAAACCAAUGAGGAUGGCAUCAGAUUUGAUGUGGAGGUUUCAGGUCCUCCUGCUUAUUUCAAACCAAUCCCUGACGAAGAGCUCCACAAAAGCAGCAUGGAGCUGGACCCAGUUGUGCUGCUCUGCCACGUCUCCAGAGAUGACGCUGAAGUCAAAUGGUACAAGGAUGGCUCUGAAAUUCAAUCCAGUGACAACAUCACUCUUCAGGUAGAGGGAACAGUAAGGAGGCUGAUCAUCAGAUCUGCAGAAGCCUCAGAUGCUGGCAGUUACACCUGCCAGGCAGGAAACAACAGCAUGGAGUUCUUAGUCAACAUCAGAGAGCCUCCAGUGAUGAUUGUGGAGCCUAAAGAUGAUGUGGUGAUGGAAGGCUACAUUUCAGAAGAAAUCCACCUGCAGUGUGAAUUGUCCCGUUCCAGUGGGAAAGUGCAGUGGUUCAAAGAUGGCCAGAAGGUGGAAAUGAGCAAUAGUAUCCAGCUGUUAUCCGAGGGUCCAUACAGGAGGCUGACUAUUCCCUGUGGCUCAGCAGAUGACAGUGGAGAGUACGUUUGUAAAACUAAUGGAGACUCUGUUUUCUUCCAGCUUAGUGUCAAAGAGCCACCAGUUCUUAUACUUUUUCCAGCUGAGUCAGAGCAAGAACUCAACUAUCUAACUUCAGAGAGGCUUGAGCUCAGUUGUGAAAUCUCCAAGUCAGAUGCACCAGUUAUGUGGUAUAAAAAUGGUCUUGAGGUAGAGGAGAGUCCCAAUUUAAUUCUUGCGGUGGAUGGAGCCCAACGAAUCUUACUUAUACCCCUGACAACGGUGGAAGACACAGGAGAGUACAUCUGUGAUACUGAAGAUGACUCCAUGGCCUUUUUGGUUACUAUUACAGAGCCACCAGUGAAGCUGACUCGUCCCAAAAACAAGCCAGACAAACUAGAGAGCUUGGCUGGAAAAGAAAUUGUAAUGGAGAUCCAAGUGUCCAGACCAAACGCUGAAGUCACAUGGAAGUUCAAUGACGAAAAGAUUGAAGAGAACAACAAUGUAACUGUCGAGGAGGAUGGUCUUAUCCGUCGACUCACUAUUCAUGCUCCUACUCCAAACGAUUCCGGAUAUUACGUCUGUGAUGCAGGCAAUGACAAAAUUGAUUUCCAGGUCAAAGUUUCAGAGCCUCCUGUGAAGAUCUUAAGAAAGUUAGAGAUCAAGACAGACCUAAAAUUCAAGUUGGGUGAUGACAUUGUAUUGGAGUGUGAACUCUCCAGAACAAAUGCUGUUGCCAAAUGGUACAAAGAUUGCUGCCGUGUUGGGGGUGAAGAAAGGUUCUGUGAAGAGGAAGAAGGUGCUUUCCGCUCGUUGGUCAUUCUUAACGCUGAACUCACGGACACUGGAGAGUACUUCCUCGACGUUGGAAAUGACAGCAUCUGUUUCCAGGUUAAAGUAGAAGAGCCUCCAGUUACCAUUGUAGGCAAUUCAAAUGAUCACGACCAACAGGAGCUGAUGACAGGUGACGACCUCAUUCUGGCUUGUGAGGUGUCUCGUGCUGAUGCCCCUGUGCAGUGGUACUGCAAUGAUAGAUUGCUCACCAAUGACUCCCGAACCUUAAUUGAGAGCUAUGGCACUCUGAGGAAAAUCAUCAUUUCAAACGCAAAGUCCACAGAUUCAGGGAAGUACGUGUGCGAUGCUGUGGAUGACAAGAUGAUAAGUCAUGUCAGAGUUCAAGAACCCCCGACAACGUUUGUGAACAAGAAGGACGACAUUGUUGUGACUGGGUAUGAGGCAGAGCGUGUGACCUUGACAAGUUAUGUGUCCAAAGACAGUGCUCAGGUGCACUGGCUAAAGGACUGGACACCUAUUGAAGGCGAGCGCUUUCAAGCGCUUGUGGAAGGCCAUAAACGCACCCUCACCAUCGAGCCUUUGAGGCGCUCUGAUGCUGGAGAGUACACUUGUGAUGUCAGCACAGACAAGAUCCACUUCAGUCUACUUGUCAAAGAAAUGAGAAUCAGGUUUGUAAAGCUGCUCCAGCACACUGUGGCCCAUGCUGAUGGCAUGGUGACUCUUCGUUGUGAGGUGUGCAAGCCAAAAGCAGAUGUCCAAUGGCUAAAGAAUGGUGUGGAGAUAGUUCCAAGCAGGAGAUUCUCUAUUAGAGCGGAUGGAGUGGAGCGAAGUCUUACAAUCCACCGGUUGAGCCAUGAAGAUGCUGGGGAUUACAGCUGUGAAUCUAGAGAUGAUCGAACCACAGCAUCACUGAGAGUGGAGAUGCCCCGAGUGGUUGAAUUCCUCACAGAGCUCCACAACACCACUGUGCUUGAAGGUGAAGAUGCCACGUUCAAGUGUGUUGUCUCUCCAGAAGAUGUACAGUUGUUCUGGCACAUGGACAAUGAGGCAAUAAAACUAGGUGAACGUUUUCAGGCAACACAUAAUGGUCUUUGCCACACCUUAGUCAUCAAAAAGUGCCAGAUGUUAGACUGCUCCAGGAUUUCGGCAGAAGCAGAGGGAAAAGUGAGCAAAGCCAGCCUCAAAGUUCAGGAAGCACAGGUCAUGUUCACCAAGAAAGCAGAGACUGUCAUGGCAGAAGAGUUUGGUGAUGCCACCUUGGAAACAGAGAUCAGUCUGGAGACAGGGGAGGUUCAGUGGAUGAGACAGGGAGUGGUCAUUCAGACAGGUCCUCGUCACACUCUGGCACAAAAUGGAUGCAAACGCAGUUUGACCAUCUUCAACCUAACUCUGUCAGAUAGAGGAACCUACCGAUGUGAGACGCUUCAUGACAGGACACAGGUCAAACUUAAUGUAGAACCCCGUAAAAUAUCAGUCCGUAAAGGCCUGAUUAACCAAGAAACCUUUGAAAGGGAGACUGCUUCUUUUGAGGUGGAGCUCUCCCAUGCAGAUGUGGAGGGAACAUGGCAGAAGGAUGGCAUUCGUGUGAAACCCAAUAACCGCUGGCGGGUCAGCACUAACGGGCUAGUCCACAGCCUCACAUUGUCCAACCUGACACUGGAAGACACAGGCACUGUUGUCUUUUCAGCUGAAGGAGUGCGCUCGAGUGCCAGGCUUACUAUCAAAGAGACACCAGUGUCGUUCCUAAAAGAACUUGAACCUGUCCGUGUGGAAGAGGACUUUCCUGCCACUCUGGAGUGUGAAUUCUCUCGACAAAAUAUUGAAGUCAGCUGGUCUAAGGAUGGCAAAGAGCUGAAGCCUGGAAAGAAUUACCGGAUUUACUCCAUGGGACGUAAGAGGUUUUGUCAGAUAAUUCAAUGCUCCCUAACCGACUCUGGGACCUACACGUGUGAUACAGGGGAAAUCAGCACCUCCUGUUCACUGGCGGUUUAUGAGCACAAAUUGGAGAUUGUGCAUGAACUGGAAGAUCUCUACAUUAAAGAGGAUCAGAAUGCUGUCUUCAUGUGUGAAGUUUCUCUGAAAAAUGUAACUGGGGAUUGGUACAAGGAUGGAUAUAGGAUUAGGCCUACCAGUACAAUCAAGAUCCGAACUGAAGGGACUAAACCUCUUCUGCUGAUAUACUGGCAAUGUAAUGUCAAAGUCGAGGAUGCUGGAGAAAUUAGAUUUGCGGCCAAAGAUAUUGAAUCUACAGCUAACCUCGAGGUUGAAGAACUUCCAGUUUCAAUCGUUAGACCUCUGCGAGACCGGACAGCACUGGAGAACCACCGUGUGAUCCUGGAGUGCACUAUGUCCACCCCUCGCUGUGAUGUGGCUUGGUAUAAAGAUGGGGAGGAGCUGGCUCCUUCAGAGCGACUACAUAUGUUGGUCGACGGUUGUUGCCAUAAACUGGUCAUUCAACAGGUAGCAGCAGAGGAUGAGGGCCUAUAUAGCAUCGAGGUUGGGGAACACAUUUGCCAAGCCAAACUGAUGGUGGAAGCACAAGCACUACAGAUGGUACGAGAUCUAAAGGAUGUGGAGGUGUCUGAGCCUGAGCCAGCAUUGUUUGAGUGUGAAGUGUCCAUGGACAUAAACAAGCCUCCAGUUUGGACUCUAAAUGGAGUGGCCCUUCAACCUGGCCCAUAUGUCCGCCUGGAGAACCAUGGGAAACUGCACAAACUAAUGCUGAAAAACACUAGUGUGGAAAUGAGUGGGACAAUCAAGUUUACCAUGGGCAAGGCAAAGAGCAGUGCUACGCUAAAUGUUGUGGACAAGUAGAAAAGGUAACAAGAAGUGACUUUAAGUUAGGAAAAGAAAGAUCCAAAGAAAAUGAUCAAGAAGUUGAAGAACUACUCACAUUUUUUAGAACUUCACAAGUUUUUUUAAAAAAAGAAAGUAUUGUGAUAGUGUUACAAAAUUAUUUCUAAAAAAUAAAUGUAUUAAUUAAAGCUGGACUGAACUCAGCAUCCUAAAUCAGAGUUCAAAUCUUUUCUUUUUUUACAUUGUAAAUUAUAUUUAUUUCCCUGAUGAAUACACCUUUCUUUACUAUAAUUACCCACAUAUUUUAAUUAAAAGAAAAGGCAUCAACAACUUCACAUCAUCCCAGGGUAACAAUGUGCAUCAUAUACGCAAAUGUAUGAAUCAUUUUUGUCUAAAAGUCAUCUUUUUUUUUUUUUAAUUUACACAACCCAGAUAAUUUGUUAUCGAAAUAUUAACCCUAGCUAGUAGACCAACCUUUGUUUGUCUUUAAAUCACAUAAUUAUGAGUUUCAACAAUUUGGGUCAUGAAUAUGUGAUUAAAAGCAGAACUAGUAUCAAUAUCAAUAAGUAUGGACAUUUUACUGCUAUUUGUAUAUAUUUUAAUCAGAAAUCGUGACAUAAAACCGUUUCAUGAUUACAGUUUAUGGAAACUAUUUUGUUUAUGAUGUAUAUACAUAAAAUAUAUCUCUAAGUGGUAAUUGAGUGCUACUAAGCAGAAUAUUUAAAAUUUGAAAUAAUCCUAAAGCCUAUGGUUUGAUGUUUUCGAGCAAAUAACGUUUUAUCUCAAAAGGUUUAUGUAGUAAUUCAGUUUCUAUUUGAUAUCUCUACCUUGUAUUGAAUGAACAAUGCAUCUGAUAAUUAUGUCAUCAUUUGUAUAUCUUAUCUAAUAAAUUCAACUUAUAACUAAUAACUAUAACAAAUAUCGCUGAAGUCCAAAAGCUACUGAAACAAUCUUUUGUCAUAAUGCACUGACAUACUACUAAAGUAAAAAGACUGCGACAUGACCGUUUUUUUAACCAGAGUAAUGUAACUUACUUGAUACAGCCAGGUGGA